AAUUUGCCAAGCCCUAGAGCCUGACUCACUCGCUGUGUGAGCAUGAAUUAACCAGGAAUGUUCGAGAAUUAUUCCUGAAUAAUUCAUGAACCUGAAUUAAUCAUGCAUUUUCAUGAAUUAUUCAUGAAUAACUCAUGGAAAUGCAAGGUUUAUUCAUGCUCCAAAAAAUCCAAGGCUUUUUCUCUUCUCUUCUGCUUUCUCUCCCUGUAAGAAACAGACCUGAAACAAGCUAAGGAAAAAAUAUAUAUAUGUAUACGGAAAAAUAACAGGAAAAAUAAUGCUGAAACAAAACAAUCAAGAAAAAAAGAAAGCAAAGGGGCUUUUUUUUCCUUUUUUUUUUUUUUUCUUCCUUCUUUUUGUAAUGCAGUGGGGACAGCAGGUGGGAGCUUUCUAAGCCAGACAAAGGAGACCUGAGAAGGAACUGUGGUGAAGGGACAAGCCCAAGGCAAAGGACUGUCCGGCCACCUCCUCUCCUGGAGCAGGCAGCUGAGAUCUGCAUAGCCAGGAGACAUUUUGCAAGACUCAACACCUGGAGCAGUGCUAACCAGGCAAGGACGAGCUCUGUUGCUAUCAGGAUUUUGAUCUCUCUCUCUCUUUCUCUCUUUCUCUGUCUGUGCAUUUGUGUAGUUUUGUUGUGUUCGGUCAGGGAAACGAGCACCUGGUAAGUGGGGCAGGAAGGAGCAGCAGAGGAGUGAAGAUCAGUGCUUUUUGCUUUAAAUGGUGGGCAGCCCCGAUGUCAUCCAAGCUCUACGUCCUCAUCAGCUGGCCCGACGGCAGCCGUGUCAUCAACAUCGAGAACAUCAAGGAGCCCCGCAAGCCCUUCCACCUCUACACGGUGGGCGAGCAGGUGCUGGCCCGCUGCCCCGGCUUCAGCGGGCUCUACUGGGGCAUGGUGGAGGGCAUCAGUGAGCACAAAGAUGUCCUGGAGAAGAAGCUGCAGGAAGACAGACAGCUCCUGGGGACGUUAAAAGAUGAACCGGCCAACCACAGCAUGAUGCCACCUCAGGCAAAAAAAUCCAGGAAAACCUUCCCAAAAUGGACCCCGGGGAAUGCCUCCAGGAAAUACGGGGACCGGAGUUACCCCAGCAAGCCGCUGCUGCGGGCAGCCGAGGCCAGCCUGCCCGGUGAUGUUGGCAGCUCCUCCAUCAUCAAGGAGAGACGUGCCCUGGGGCCACCCCACCCAGCCAGUGCCUUCACCCCCCCGGCCCCUUUCGUCACCCUUGCUGUGCCAGGGACAUCCCAGGGUGAAGAGGACAGGGCUGGCACCGCUACCAGAGAUUACGUUGCCCUGGCAAUGAAGAGGAAGUCAGAUGGCAUCUUGUCCCAGUGCCAGCAACACGUCUGUCUGAACAGCUGUGAAGAACGAAAGCUGGAUGCUUUGCAAGAGACGGAUGACUUUGAGAGAGUUCAGAAAAAAUUCGGUCCUGGUGAAAUGGAAAGGGAGAAGGUAGAGCAGCUGGAGAGGAUGGUCUUGGACCUGCAGCAGGACGUCCUCUCUCUGAAGAAGAAGGUGCAGCGGCUGGAAUCCCUCUCCUUCCAGGAGGAGCCCCACCGGCCGCCCUGCGAGGUGGUGGAGCUCUUCAACGGCUACACCAAGGAACAGCUCAAAGAGGCCAUCCGUUUCGACCAGAAAAUCAGCACGGCCUGCAAGACUCUGCUCUACAAGCUCUUCACCUCCGACUACAUCCAGAGCCACUCCAUCACGGGGCGGAGGGGCAACACGUUCCGGGAGGCGAAGCCCAUGAUGGACGAACGCUGCAUCAAAAUCAUCCGGGUGCUGUUGAAACAGAAGUUCGGCGAUCACCUCAGCGACACGGUGAUCACGGAGAAGAUACAGAACGUGCAGAAAGCCCUGAGGCAGAAGUUUAAGACAGAAUGUCUCUGACAGAUGGGGGAUUGGUGUCUCUGGUCGUGGUGCACCUGAGGAGCUCUCCCAGGGAAGAUGUGGCCACAGGGUCACCCUGAUUCCCCUGGAGGAACCCACCCAGCAGAUCUGGGUGUUCAGCACAGCACAGACCUUUCCUAAAUGUCUGUCUGCAUUAAUCCGGAGGGAAUUUUGCCCAGCUUGGCUAGAGUUCUGCACAGCUGCUAGCACUUUACAAGCCCCUUCCUCUGUGGUCUGUGUGCAAGCCUCAGGGUGCUGUCUGCGUGAUGGGCUCCGGAACUUUUGGGUGGACAAACUCAAAAAAGCUUGAGGGUAACAGAAGGGCAGACUCAUUAAAGCAAUGCCAUAAAACCUCCAGAGAAGGAUUAUUUCAUUCCCCACCCCCACCCCUUGUUUUAAUGUGGUUGUAUGGAGGAAGUGUUGAAACGUUUGCAGUAAUGAAAUCUGCUGAACAAGAGAAGUCUCCCGUGGAAAUUACAUGACAUGAAUUUUCCUUUCAACACUCGAUUAUCUCCAUGGAGAAAUCCUGCACAUUUUCAGGUGGGGAGGAGGGGGAGAACAAAAUUUGUCCCAGUGCAGCUACACCUUUCCACCUUUCCUUCAAAGAGCAGACAUGUUAUGAAUGCAGUCAUUAUAAUUUAAAUACAGUAUUUAUAUCUUAGCUAAGAAAUUCCAGGUACAAUCAGGGUGUUUUUUUUCUGUAUGAGAGGCUAAGGAGAAGGACUAGAAAAACAUGUUUGUUUGUCUUUUUUUUUUUUUUUUUUUUUCCUUUCUAAAUAGCUUAGAGCUGGAGUUUGGGUCCAUUAGAAGUAUUUUUAACACUGAAAGAGUAACAUGCUGGCAGCUGUCCACCUAACAGAAGGGCCGCAAAAUACCAAACAUUCCCUUUUAAACAGGCUUCUCAGAUAAGAUUUUUUUAAGUUUAAUUUUGAAAUUAUUGAGGAAAGGAAACAUCACUGGCUUUGAGGUAAUCAAAACAUUUGGUUUAAUUCAUAUGUUUUGCAAUGUUUUCAAGUAAUUACUUUCUUUAAAAUCACAGGAGAAAUAAUAGUGAAAAAUGGAUGUACUGAAAAACACAGAGCUACUUUGGAAAAGCAAAAAGAAGUGUGUGAUUUUCAGAGCUUUCCUCCCUGCCCCCUUAUUUCUAAUUGAAAAACAAAACCAUUAAGUAGGGUUAGCACCGUGCAGCAUGUUGAUUUUGGUGGCAGAUACGCCUGCCAAUGUUUUUGGCGCUGUUUCCAUCAGAUGUGUUCAACACUCAUGCCAGACUGCUGUAGCCAGGAACUGAAGAUAUUCCUUCUGUUUUCCCAGUGCAAAUGCC